AUAGGUUAUGUUGUCUAUAUUUAGUAAAAAUGUAAUUAGUAACAUAAAUUAGUUGUUAAAGUGGUUUUAAACCAAACAUGACAACAUCACCUACAAGGACCAAACAAAAGUUGUCAUUGCGGAAACGAUUAUUUGUGAAAAAAUCACCGAAAGUUGGCUGCUAUGUAGACACAGAUUCCAAUGAAGAAUUUAGUCAAUCAACCUCACGCCCUAUGUCCCCUGCAGAUCCUUUUUUAGCACACAGUGCGCACAACUCUGAAACUAGUAUUGAUAAUUCUCAUAAUAAUUCAAAUUUUAAUACGAGGCAUUCAGCUGAUCAUUAUCAGACUUCUCAUCUAAACACAACUACUUACGACGAUGAUAGUAAUCCAAAAUGUUGUAAAACAUUCUUUAGAAGAUCUCGGCCUAGGAGCUUAGUGGAAGGUCACGGUUCGAAGGACGACUCGUACUCAAGACCAUGCAGUCCAAUAAAUAAUUCUAGUAAUAAUAGUUUAAGUGAUCAGACAGUAUCUCAAACAAAAAGUGAGGAAAUACCAAAAGUAACAGUGAAUUUUCCGAAAUGUGAUGAUGCAAAAAAAUAUUUUGAGCAUUCAGGUUCUUUUGAAGGCAUUAAACCGAAAAGUAAAUUAUUUGUUAAAAGAUUAUCAGCCGAUCACUUGAUAUCCAAUGAAUCAAAACCAUUGUAUCAUUCAUCCUCACCUGAGAGUGAUAGAAGCAGUUCUUUAGAUCGUAAGAGAAGGAGUAAGUCAACAAUAACAAGAUCAGCUUCUCGCGCAGGGAGCACUGACAGCUUGGUUCGUAAUUCCCUGCUUGCUGCACAAGUGUUGCGUCUUAUACCCACACAGGAAGCAAAGCAAAGAAACUAUUUAUAUGGAAGACUGGCAUCACAUUCUUUGCUUGGAGCUGCUGAGUUGGAACAUGUAUUCCCAGAUCGAGAAGUGAAGAUAUUUGUUGGUACCUGGAAUAUGAAUGGGCAGGCACCACCAAAGGAACUAGCAGAUUUUAUAUUCCCCAAUGAGGUAAAACAUGUCCCGGAUAUCUUUGCCAUUGGCACCCAAGAAUCAUAUUCAGAGCGAACUGAAUGGGAAAUCACCAUACAAGAAGUGCUGGGUCCAUCACAUUUAUUGCUACACUCUUAUUAUUUAGGUACAAUACAUUUGACGGUAUUUAUAAGAAGAGAUCUUAUAUGGUUUUGUUCGUUACCCGAAGAUGCGAGUCUUUCUGUUCGUCCCGGCACUGCAUUUCGCACCAAAGGAGCGGUAGCGAUAUCCUUUGCAUUAUUUGGUUCAACGUUUCUCUUUGUGACCGCCCAUCUUACAGCUCACCAAGAAAAGGUGAAAGAAAGAUUGUCAGAUAUCAAGAGAAUAAUAAGGUCGAUUGAUUUGCCUAAAAAUUUGCCUUGCAGGCAUAAAAGUAAAGAUGUCACUAACAACUUCGACUAUGUGUUCUGGUGUGGUGAUCUUAAUUUUAGACUUGGUGAACCGAGAGCUGCUGUUUUAAGAUGGAUCGAACAAACACAAUUUCCCCUCCCACCGAACCUGCCACAUGGGUUGCUGCAUGCGGAUCAGCUCACUGCGGUGUUGGAAGAUGGCGCUGCCUUUAGAGACUUCCGGGAAGCUCCCAUUACGUUUCCACCUACUUAUAAGUAUGACCCAGGCAGUCAACAGUUCGACACGUCCAGUAAACAAAGAGCGCCGGCUUACACGGAUCGAAUAUUGUACAAAGCUAAAUCCUUGGGGUCCAAUUCGUCGUCUGCAUUUUCAGGCCUACGUCGUAUCAGCAGCGUAGCCGUCCCGUCCGGUCUGAAGUGUUUCGCAUACAACUCGGUGCAGUCGGUGGUGACCAGCGACCACAAACCCGUGUGGGCGCUGUUCUCGGCCGCACUGCGACCCGGCACAGACGUCGUGCCCUUAGCCGCUGGUUUGUUCAAUCGUGAAGUUUAUUUAGAAGGAAUAAAACGUCGACGAGCGCUUCUCGACCACGCCCCCGGUACGUCCGCAAUAUGCAAUAUUCAAUAAUAAAUACACACUUAAUACAUUGCAUUCAACAUAACAAUCAUAAUUUUGAUGAAAUUAUCAUUAUUAUA